GCUCUAUUCCCUCCAAUCGGGUAUCCCCCCUGAGCUCGGCACAGAGCUUCCCCGCGCAUCGUGCGGGGCACUAGAUGCACACCGGACAUGAUAUAGCGACGGGAUGUUUAUGCCGCACCGCCAUUUCCAACGAGGAUAUCCGCAAUGUCGGAAGCUUGCAGAUCUCUGUCUAUGGAUCCCCGGUUCAGCUUUCAAAUAUGUGGUACAUACCGUCCAUGAACCUCAAGUUCCGCAGAAAAGAUAGUCCUCGGCCCUCAAAAUCUUCUUCCAGUUGAUCCAAUUCCAAUUGAGCAUUCGCCUUACUCUCACCACUCAACAUCCCCAUCAUGGUGAAAUUCCUAACGAACGAGAUCCGCGACCUGCGCGAGGUGCACGAAGACGCUGAGAACCACCUAGUGUUCGAGAAGAACGUGUCGAUCCCACUGACGCACAGCAAUCUUCCCGUACGCUGUAACGUGUACCGACCGCUCACAGCAAAAGCAGCAGCGGGUGAGAGGUUCCCCGUACUAGUGACCUACGGACCAUAUGGGAAGGACAUUAACUACUCGACGUGGGUUCCCGUUUCCCAAGAGCGAGAAAGGGGGGCGAGAGAGUUCUAUGCAGCGUCGUUCGCGGAGGUGAACAAGGAACAUAGGAGUAGGUAUAGUGCGUGGGAGACGCCGGAUCCGGUGUAUUGGACUCAGAAGGGAUAUGUGGUGGUGCGUGUGGAUGAACGGGGGCUGGGCCAGUCACCGGGUCUGCUGGAUACGAUGUCGAAUGGGACGAGUGAGUGUUUCUUCGAUGUUGUGGAGUGGGCAGCGGAGCAGGAAUGGUCGUCCGGAAAGGUGGGUUUGCUGGGGAUUAGCUAUUAUGCUGGCAGUCAGUGGCGUGUGGCAGCACGUAGACCGAAGGGAUUAGCUGCUAUCGUGCCAUGGGAGGGCAUGUCUGAUUAUUAUCGCGAUCGGUGUCGGCACGGCGGUAUCCUCUCCAACACGUUCAUCAGCACCUGGUGGAAUCGACAGGUUCUCGUAAACCAGUACGGCAGGCCCAACCGAUCGAAGAUAGAAUUUCCACCCGAUGGACCCGGAGCCAGGGGCCAAGAAGACACGAUCGAAGGUGAUCUAUCCGAAGAGGAACUCGUGGCGAACCGACGCGAUCAAACCGUGGACAACGAAGCGAACAGAUUCAGGGACGACGAGUACUACGCCUCGAAGGAGUUCAAGCUGGAAGAUAUCGAAGUGCCUCUUCUCUCCGUCGCCAACUGGGGAGGCAUCCUCCUGCAUCUCCGCGGUAACGUAGAAGGGUAUACGUGGGCGGGAUCCCAAUUCAAAUACCUGCGCUUCAUCACCGGCCGCCACGAUCUGCCAUUCUACUACCACGACGAAGUCGCCAUCCAAAACAGCUUCCUCGAUGCCUUUCUCAAGGGGGAAGAUCGCCAUGGCUGGUCCAUUCCCGGAAAAGUAGCCCCCGUCACCCUGACUCUCCGAAAAGGGAACGUCGGCUUCAUCGCGGAAGCAGAGAAGCAGUACGCGAAACGGGACGAGGAAGCCUGGCCCAUCCCACGGACCCAAUACACGAGAUUCCACCUGACUUCCGAUUUGCGCCUCUCGCCGAGCCCGCCCAGAGAACCGCCAACAAAGAUCUCAUAUAAGGCGCUCGGCACCAUGGAGAAGCAACAGCUGGUGCAAUUCCGGACGCCGGCCUUUGAGAAUGAGACCGAGGUCACUGGCCAUGUGGCCGCGCACUUGAACGUCUCGAUGACGCCGGACGAGGGGGCCGCGGCGUCGGGAGAUAAAGAUAUUGAUCUUUUCCUUACCCUGCGCCAUAUGGAUGCCGCCGGCAAGGAAAUCUUCUAUACGGGGACGUCGGGCGACCCGGUGCCGCUGUGUAAGGGCUGGUUACGCGUGAGCUUGCGGAAAGUAAACGAGGAGAGCCCGAAGCACCGGGCGUACUUACCAUACCGAGAGUAUUUCGCCAGCGAUGUGCAGCCCGUCGUGGCGGAUCGGGUUUAUGCUGUGGAUGUUGAGAUCUGGCCGACUAAUGUGAUUGUUGAGAAGGGCGGGAGCUUGGUGUUUGAGGUAUCUUCGGGGGAUACACAAGGCUGUGGGAUCUUCCAGCAUAACUCGGAAGUCGAUAGACCGGCUUCAAAGUUUGCUGGCUUAAAUAGCAUUCAUUUCGGAGAGGAGUAUGAAAAUUAUGUAACGCUGCCAAUCAUCCCAGCCAAAGAACUGUAGGUUAUUUAGUACACAGCUGAGCGAAAAAUCCAAUACGGAGGAAAUAAAUCUGAAACCCAACUUGGCUCGAGCAAUAUCCGAAGCCUUUCAACGGGUGCACUUGGCACGUAGUCGUCACUUGACGUCGGCUUUUGCCUGAUUGAUCUUCUCCACUCUGUCAAAGAUCCCCAUCGUAUGCUCCCACACAAUUUUCCCAACACCCUUGUCGUGAUAUUCCUUCAACAGCGCCUCUUUCCCAGUGAUCUCGCCAUUCCAAUUCACAAGAUAGCCUCCACUCCCUACCUUUCCAUUCGCUCCCUUCGCAACAGAUAGGCCCUUAGGGACUGGUACACCAGCAGCGAGGACCGAAUCUCCAGCAGGUUUCGCAGGCGGGAACAGACCACUCGUAGCAAUGAAAAGCUGUCUCGCCCCGGUCUCGUCCGCACCCACCAUGAACGGAGCCAUCAGC